AAAGAUGCAUUGUGCUUUAACAGUGUUACUGUGAUUUGUUACGGAAUUUAAAAUCUAAAAAUACAGCAUUUAGUCCUCACAAAGCUAUGAUUAGUUUCGACACACGUCACGCAAGUUUGCUAUAAAAAUGACCCCGCCACCCUAAACGAAUCACUUACGUCUGGUAGGGCACAGACGGAGGACACAAGGAACCCCAAACCAUAACUACACCAGUGAGAGUGACGUAGAUAUAACAAGAAGGUGAUGUCGUCACAACCUCUUUUGGCCAUCUUGAUGGUGGUGGCUUCGUUUUCGAUUGCUUACGGAGCGGAUUGUCCAUGGGAUGACGCUGGCCUUGAGCUAUGGUCCUCCCUGAAUGCUGAUCCUAAUAAAGUCGUUAAAAUAGACAAGGGGAUCCUCUAUGACGUGAGUUCUACUGACGAGUUUAUAGGAAUCGAAGUAGCAGGUGGUGGCAAACUUGUGUUCAAGCCCAAUGUUGCAAAUGGCCUCAACCUGAAGACUCACUACAUCAUUAUCAAGAAUGGUGGUCGUAUGGAUGUAGGAUCCGAACAAUGUCGAUAUACUGGAAAAUUGACCAUUCAACUUCUCGGCGAAAGGAAAACGAUUAAUAAUCUUGAGCAAUUCGGUGACAAGGUCAUUGGCGUCGAAAAGAAUGGCAGUCUAAAUAUAUGUGGAGAGAAGAAGGUCUCGUGGACCAGGUUGGACGGACCACUGCUCAGAAUGCCAGACAAAGGAAUGUUGUUCGACCAGACGGUCACACAAGAAGAUAAACUGCAAGGUCUGAUUGUGUACCAGUUUGAUCCUGCACUUCCCACUUAUGAUACAAAAAUUGUCAACAGGAAAUCCUUCCUAUUUAAGACAUCCUCAGUAAGCAAAUUCAACAAUAGUGUGGAUGAUCUCAAAAAGUACUUUGAUGAGGUGCCCAAAGAUCACAUAGUCGUUGCUGUUAUUCGGAAGUCGUUAAUGGCGAAAACGGAUGAAAAGAACUUCCAGAUUUUAUACGAUGUAAUAGCGAACUUUUUAGAAGUAAAACCGGAAGAAUCACUUAUCAACAACCUUCGAUUUUACGACGGAUAUGUAAUGAUCAAAAAGAAAGGUGAUCCCAAAAAAAUGGUUGAAGCAACAAGCUUAUAUAGAACCAACUCGUUGGAUCAAGUAUCUGAAGCUGUGUUGUUUGACGGACGCAAGAAAUUUUACGCCAAGAGCUAUACUAGGAUUAAAGCUCAUGGAAGAUCCACCACAACAGUUCAGGUGAUCGAUAAAGACUUCUCCGAGCUGACUAUGAAGGUGUCCGAAGAUAUUUCAUCUUGGGCGUUAGGCUCCAAACUGCUGAUCACGUCCACUGGAAACCAGGAAGAAACUGAGUUUGCUACAAUCACGGAACUAGUUGAUGAAACUCAUGUCAAGAUUGACCUGACCGCCAGAUUUGAUCAUUUGUGUGAAACUUAUAAGGGCGUUCGAAUGUGCGCCGAGGUGGCACUUCUUGACCGCAACGUUCUCGUGGAAGGAGUGACCUUCGGAGAUGACCAACAUGGUGGCAACAUUAAGUGCCUGGAAGGUUUCGCGAGCUGUAACUUUAUCGACUUUGAGCUGAAUUUGAUGGGUUCACAUUUUCCUCUCGGGCGCUAUCCAAUCCAUUUCCAUCUUGCUGGGGAUGUAACAGGCAAGGCUGUCGUUGAUUCCCUGUCAAUCCACAACUCGUACGCACGAUGUGUUGUCCUUCACUUUACACAUAACUUAGUGGUUAAAAACACUCUCUGCUUUGAAUGUCUUGGACAUGGUUUCUUCCUGGAGGAUGGAGGCGAGAAGGGCAACAAAUUUCACCAUAACCUUGCCGUGGCUCCGCGCAGGGCAGGGCUGCCUGAUAAAAGAGACCUUAUUCCAUCAGACAAGCAUCCGAGUGGGUUUUUUGUUACCAACCCCGACAACGAAUUUGAGGGAAAUGUUGCAGUAGCAGCAGAGGGAUAUGGAUUUCACUUCGCAUUUCCGAAAUUACCGAUGGGUCCGUCAGCAGACCUAAGUAAUUUAAAAGAAGGCGAAGCCCUCCGGACCAACCUCAAGUUAUUCAGAAAGAACACAGCCCACUCUAACGUGAAGAUGGGAGUACGUAUAGGUGUCACACUAAAUGAAGAAGGUGAAGAGAAGUGGUGGAGUGUAGGUUAUGCCCCACGUUCAACGCCGACAGACGACGCAUCAGACCUUGCCAAACUUGAGCUUAGCUGUGUAACUGCGUAUAAUAAUGGAGAAACCAAUGUCCAAAUCAGAGCAGCCAAACUAUCAUUGAAGAAUUUUUCGGUCGCAAAGGGCAUAACGGGAAUAGAAGUAUUGAGAUCAAUUAAAUCUGAAGUGUAUGAACAGGAGAUAAAGGACAGUAUUAUCCUUGGAGAUCGUGAGAAGGGCCAAGCAGAGGGAGACAGUUCUGACGACGAACCUAGGGUGGGAUUGGAGUUUAUUGGGCCAGUUAGUCUGUCAGGAUUGUAUUUCGACGAUUUCUACAAAUCUGUAAACUACCCGUCUGGUGCCCUUGGAUUUGCAGGAGGAAACUCUGAAACAAUUACUGGAAACGUAAUGGGAGACGAAAUUUAUUUCGGCUUUGCAGAUCCCGAUGACGGAAGCCGAGUGAUUGGGUCUGACACAAAUGACGACCGGAAAGGAAACUUGUUGGAAUCAUUUGUUGAUGCAGAUGGCUUUGUUACGGAUUCUGACUCGGCAAUGACGGUCCUGAGAAAUACACCGUUCCAAGUCACAGAUAAUUGCUUGAAAAAGUGGGAUAAAUAUGCCGUCUGUGAAGAAGAAUAUGCCAUGGUGGAUACAAACAGGGCUGCCGACAUAUUUAGGGUGCAUGGUGAUACUAAAGUGAAACUUGACGUGGAAAAGAAUACUCCAUUCAACGUCCUCGCCAACAAUCCGGACUACCUCUAUCUUGUUAACUAUGAUGCUUUCAAUUUUGCCAAAUCUGUCAAUGUUCGGACUUUUGAUGCUAAUGAAGGAAAGAAGUUUGUGAUUGGUUUCUGUGUUCCAACGGGCAAUGUUGAGUUAAAAAUUCAAUAUAGCAACGCUUUAGUAUUUAACAAAACGGAAUCAUUCAAUGACUUGUCUACCAGCUCUGAAAACAUAUACUUCCAAGACGGCAAAAAAGGGGUUGUCUUCGUCAAUUUUGUUGGACAGGAAACAGAUAGCAGCAGUGAGCAAUAUUGUGUGGACGAUUAUGGCAAGAAAGGGAUUUGUCGUAGUUUAUCCAUCAGAGUACGAAAGGGUGUUAAAGAAAUUAACGAUUGUAUUGCCAGCGCCAUCAAAGAAUAUCCAACAUCGCAACAGCCUGCGAGACGAGUUGGUGAACAACAGAAGGAGCGAAAGACGCUCCUGACGAGAACUGAGAAGAGGUUAUUUGAUCUGAUUCAGAAGCUGGAGGACAACCAAUCCAACUAUGCCGAGCGUAUCGCUCAGGAAAAUCAGAGGCGGAGACUGAAGAGGAAUGUAGACCCUAACAGAAGAACCCUCGACGCUCAUACCGGUGAUAUACCUGUUCGUUUUGGUGCCUCCUGUGAUGAUUCAUCAAAAAAGUGAAUUUACCUCUCACCACCAGGAAAAACGUCACGAACGACCCGCUGAGUAUCCUCCCAAUCGACCCCUCCUCCGAAAUAUUCACUGCCGUUAAUGACAUGUUUCAAUGAUACCAGAAGGAUUCAGAAGUGAUGAUGUUGUGAUAAUGGUUGUCGUUUCAAAUUGAAAUUUUAUCCGGAAAUCAGACAAAGAUAAGCGUAUGUGAAAAACUCUUUUUAAAAAACUUCUGUUGUGACAACCGGAAUAUAUUCCUGUGUGUGAGGCUAUUCAUAUUAAGAACGUUUUUUGUUUUUAUCUAGGACUAACAAUAAAUUUGUCAUGAAAGGAAACUUCUUUAACGCGCAUUCAAGAAUAGUGUGUAUUCCUUAUUUCAGUUACAUUUGUAUAUUAGUGUGAAGUAUAUUCUUUUAUAACCAUUUUAUAACAUGUUUGUUUGUGCCUUUGAUAAGAAAUAAUUAGAAAAAAAAUCUUAAAUUCAGAAAACAUUAACUCAAUGGAAUAUAACACUCUAAAAUGUCCAAAAAUAAUAUUUGCCAUAAAAAUGUCACAAAUAUUUGAUCGCAUAUUCUGGAAAACUUAUUUCAGUUUUAUUAUGAAGCUGUGUUAAAAAAACGAAAAUAUGUCUUGUUGCUUAAGAUUUUAAAGUAUAUCUGCAUAUUGUAACUGUAUUUAUAUAGUAUCAAUUAAUAAAGCAAUUCUCAAAAACUAAAAUUGUUACAGUACUUUAUAUCAGACAAAUCAAGAUAAGUACAAGAUGACGGCUAACGUAUGUACUGUUUUGAUAGAAACUUUGAUUCUUUGUCAGCUUAAUCACCAAUAAAAAAGUACCAGCCUUCUUUUUUGACAAUCUAUUCUCUUAAGACUAUUUACACAUUUUGGAAAGUGUCGUAUUUUCGUGAUGCAAUUAUGAAAGGCAGUACCAGGUGUGUUAAGGGUAAUGGAUGUUUUUCUUACUAUCGAUAACAACUUAUGACGCUCCCACAUUCAAAAGGGAUUUUCAAAAGCCUGUUACGUGAUGUAUUUCAGGUUGUAUUUGCUUCCGAUAUAUUCAGGCUGAAAUAACCUCAUUUCAGGGCACCCUACACGCUAUUUUAAAUAACUCCCCUUUUAGCAGACGCUUCAUCCCUUGUCUAUGCUGUACUUGUACACGAAGUAUGGUCUUCCUACAUGAACGGUAGGGCAAAUAUUAAGUUUGGAGAUUUGUAUCUCUUUAUUUCAGGUCAGAUUCAAAGGUCAAGUAGGGGUCGCAGUGUUACUUGCGUUUCUGCAAAUACACAAAGUACACGAACUUUCAAGGCGAAUACUACAUACCCCGAAACGCGAUCAGGGGUAUGAUAAAUGUUCGUUCGUUUGAAUAGAAACUUCACUAUUUCUUGUAAGUCCUCGGUAAUAAAGUAAGAAGGAAAGGAAAACACUGAUAUCGGGGUAUACACCUGACCGUCUGUCCACCUGUUCUUCGGCUCAAUUAAGUGAAGCUUGGUGCACAUUAUCCGCACCUCAGAUAAUUGUGCCCGAAUGAGUAUUUCCUUUUUCUUAUAUCCUUGCAAAAUAUCUGUCCAGGGCAAAACUUACUCCACUGAUUUUUAUGAAAAUUGUUCACAUGAUCUUAAUAUCUAGACAGAUGUGCACAUGUUAAUUCCUUUAAUUAUUUCGAAGCAGUAAGGGCCGUUUCUGAAUCCUCUGUAUUUUUUUACCUCAGAGAGAGUGGAACUAUUUAGUUAGCCUGUGGCUUGUAGUCCUAGUUUCAUACAUCAGCUAUUUGUUCAGAAAACCUGAACAUUUCCUCAAGUUGGCACCGAAAACCAUUCUUGGGAUUUUAAGUUUUCACUUAGAAA